AUUACAUCACGAUCAUCUACUCCCAAACCCAUUUGUUUCAGGCCGUCACCAGAAAAGGCCAUUACCAAUUCUACUCCACACACUGCUCAGUAAGAAGGGGAACACCUCCUUACAACCCAAAAUCACUGCCAAACCAGUGCCUAGGGCAUUUUUCACUUCAGCAGCUGCAACCAUGGUAAAAGCCAUCAGGGUUCAUGAACUUGGUGGUCCUGAGGUCCUGAAGUGGGAGGAUGUUGAAAUAGGAGAGCCAAAUGAGGGUGAGAUCUGUGUGAAGAACCAGGCCAUCGGGGUUAACUUCAUUGAUAUCUACUACUGCAAAGGAGUUUAUAAGGCCGCUACAAUGCCAUUUACCCCAGGUAUGGAGGCUGUUGGAGUGGUGACAGCUGUGGGCCCUGGUAUAACAGGCAGGAAAGUUGGAGAUGUUGUUGCUUAUGCUGGUACCCCAAUGGGCUCAUAUAGUGAAGAGCAGAUUCUUCCUGCAGACAAGGUGGUGCCAGUACCUCCUUCUAUUGACCCUACUGUUGGAGCAUCAAUCAUGCUUAAGGGUAUGACAGCUCAUUUUCUUGUCCGCCGCUGCUUCAAGGUUGAACCUGGACACAUAGUCCUUGUCCAUGCAGCAGCUGGUGGAGUUGGGUCUCUAUUAUGCCAGUGGGCAAAUGCCCUUGGCGCCACUGUAAUUGGAACUGUUUCAACAAAUGAGAAGGCAGUUCAAGCCAAGGAGGAUGGUUGUCACCAUGUCAUAAUUUAUAAGGAAGAGGAUUUUGUUGCUCGGGUCAAUGAGAUUACUUCUGGCAAUGGGGUUCAUGUUGUUUAUGAUUCUGUAGGAAAAGACACCUUUCAGGGAUCAUUGGCAUGCUUAAGGGCUCGUGGGUUCAUGGUGAAUUUUGGACAGUCAUCAGGUAUACCAGAUCCAGUACCAUUACCAUCUCUGGGUGCUAAGUCCCUCUUCUUGACAAGGCCUUCCCUCAUGCAAUACACUGCAACCCGAGAUGAGCUACUGGAAGCAGCUGGAGAGGUGUUUGCUAAUGUUGCUUCAGGUGUCUUACGGGUUCGUGUAAAUCACACAUACCCCUUGUCACAAGCUGCACAGGCACAUGCAGACCUCGUGAGUCGGAAAACUUCUGGGUGUAUUGUGCUGAUACCAGACUGCAUUGGCACUACGUCCUGAACUCAUGACUGGUAAAUUCUCUAAAGGAUCUAUGUUUAUUAGUUUACACAAUGGACAUACCAUUUGAGGUCAUGUUGGGGUUGGUUUGUAGUUGGUGGCCUGUGAAGGUCAGUCACAUGUGUGCAAAAACACAAUUAUGCAGACUAGAAAUGGAUUCCGUUGCUGCUUGAAUUCCCUUCCGGUCGAGUUGAGGUUAUAUGUGUGCAUGAAAUAUAUGUAUAGAAGCACUAGUUGAUAUGAUGUCAACCCAUCAAUGGACUAGAAUCAUUGACCUUA